ACGGGUUCCGCGGUGACACGCGUUGGAAUUGGAAGGGAGAUUUCGGUAAAAGGCCGAGGAGCUGCUCCACCGGCGUCAUGGCGGAAAAUAUCAUUGUCCGCAUUCAGUCACCACAUGGUAUGAAAAGGAUUAAUGUGGGCAAAAGAGAAACAGGAGCCCAAUUUUUGAAAAAGGUUGCAAAGGAAUUUGGCUGUUCUAACAAUGGCUUUUCUGUAUACCUUAACAGAAAUAAAACUGGAGAGAUCUCCCCAACGAAUAAAUCACUCUCUUUGCUUAAAAUUAAACAUGGAGACAUGCUGUUCCUCUUUCCAUCAAGUGAUGCUGGGACUUCCACUCAAGUUAUGGAGACUUCAGCUCAGACUCCUGGAGGGUCUCGUGUUUCGACCAUGUCUGCAGUGCCUGUUGUGGAGGAUGAGAUUGACCAGUACCUAAUGAAGCAGGAUGGAAAGAUAUACAGAAACCGGGACCAGCAACAGUGUCGGCAUGGUGCACUGGGUAAAUGUGUUCAUUGUGUACCACUGGAGCCUUUUGAUGAGGAUUAUCUUAAUCAUUUGGACCCACCUGUUAAACACAUGUCAUUCCAUGCAUACAUCCGAAAACUGACUGGUGGUGCUGAUAAGGGCAAGUUUGUUGCUUUGGAGAAUAUUAGUUGCAAAAUCAAAUCUGGGUGUGAAGGGCAUCCUCCAUGGCCUGAUGGAAUUUGUACAAAGUGCCAACCAAGUGCUAUAACCCUUAACAGACAGAAAUACAGGCAUGUGGACAACAUAAUGUUCGAGAACCACACGAUAGCAGAUCGUUUCCUCAACUUUUGGCGUCAAACAGGAAACCAGCGCCUUGGGUUCCUUUAUGGUCGCUACACCGAGCACACGGACAUUCCUUUAGGUAUUCGAGCAGAGGUUGCUGCCAUCUAUGAACCUCCACAGGUUGGUACAGCAAACAGCUUAGAAUUCUUGGAAGACCCAAAAGCUGAAGUUGUAGAUGAAAUUGCUGCUAAACUUGGAUUAAGAAAGGUUGGUUGGAUAUUCACAGAUCUAUUAUCAGAGGACACAAGAAAAGGCACUGUCAAAUUUAUCAGGAAUAAGGAUGCACAUUUUCUAAGCGCAGAAGAAUGCAUCACAGCAGGAGAUUUCCAAAAUAAGCAUCCAAAUGUUUGCCGCCUAUCUCCUGUCAAUCAUUUUGGAUCCAAGUUUGUUACCGUCUUAGCAACAGGUGGCCCAGAUAAUCAAGUUCAUUUUGAAGGUUACCAAGUUUCCAAUCAGUGUAUGGCUCUCGUAGGCGAUGACUGCUUUCUGCCGUGCAGAGAUGCACCAGAGCUGGGAUAUGUUAAGGAGUCCUCUAGUGAGCAGUAUGUUCCUGAUGUUUUCUAUAAGGACAUAGACAAAUUUGGUAACGAAAUUACACAGUUAGCAAGGCCAUUGCCAGUUGAGUAUCUGAUCAUAGAUAUUCCUACAACUUUUCCAAAAGAUCCUGUUUACACUUUUGCUGCAUCCCCACACCCCUUCCCUGUUGUGAACAGGGAUGUCGUCGGAGAGACACAGGAUUUCCAUACCCUUGCCUCCUACCUAUCACAGAAUCAAUCUGCUGUCUUUCUUGAUGUCAUCUCAGAUUUCCACCUACUUCUGUUUCUGGUAACCAAUGAUGUUAUGCCGCUCAGAGAUAGUAUCAACUUGUUGUUGGAAGCAGUGAAAACACGGAAUGAGGAACUUGCCCAGACCUGGAAGAGAUCUGAACAAUGGGCUACCAUUGAACAGCUCUGCAGUACAGUGGGAGUUCAGCCACACAGUGCUUCUGAUUAUGGUGCACUGGGAGGGUCUCCACAGUCUGCUCCCACUGCGAUGUGGUCCUGUAGACAUUGCACAUUCAUGAACCACCCAGGCACUGACCAAUGUGAAAUGUGCAAUCUUCCUCGAACCUAGCCAGCAGCAAAGGCAAGCCGGAUUUGGACAUACCCUUUGAUCCUUUGUCCAUUGGGAAGGCAAGGUGGCUGCCAGGGCACUCUGGAUCCAGCAAGCAAAUGCUACAAGUGAACUUGUACUCUUGAGGUCUGCCUGGACUUAUUAAUUGAGAUUAAAAACAAUUACUAAAUACAAA